AUAUUAAAUUAGUGAAAUAAAUAUAGAUGAGAUAGUGUGGGCACACAGCAAUACCCUGCACCGCGUGAGCAGGAUAUAACUCCUCCGGUACACGUAUUAACGUUAAAGAAGAAAAAGGAAAACAAAAAGAUUUUGCCUCGUUGAAUUCAAUCAACACAUUUCGAUAAUUAUAUCAUUCUCCCAAUAAGAAAAAAAAUAAAAAAGAGAGUUUUUCUCUCUCUUCUGAACCUAACGUUUCUCUAACUUUCUCUCUCUAUCUCAAACCAAACCAGAACAUUCGGAAGAGAAAAAAAAUGGAGAGUUUGGUGACAGAGGCCGGUUUCGUUGUAGACGACGACCUUCUCAACUUUUGCCUCGAAGGAGAAGAGGAACCGGCGGCGGCGACGGCGCUUUGCCGUGCGGCUCAUACCGGUUCAUUUCCUGAAAUUGUGGAGGAGGAACUGGAGUGGCUAUCGAACAAGGACGCUUUUCCGGCGGUGGAGACGUGUUUCGGAAUUUUAUCCGACAAUCCCGGUCUUAUAUUAAACCACCAAAGCCCGGUUUCUGUGCUCGAAAACAACAACAGCAGCAUCAGUGCCGGAAGCAAUGGCGGCAGCAGUGGCGGUUCCAUUGCAAGCUGCUGCAACAGCAUCAAAGUUCCGACCAAGUACCCGGUGCGGGCCCGGAGCAAGAGGAGAAGAAGACGAAGAACCGGAUUCACCGACCUGCCAAGUCAGCAGCAAUGCGUUUGGAUGAACCAAGUCAACAUUGUUGUCAAGAACAAAAAACAAGAAUCGCAGCUCUCGUUGCCGCCUUUGCCGUUGGCGGCGGCGGCAACGGCCGAUAGUGGUGGUGGUACCACUGGCGGCGGCGGCGGCAUGGGGAGAAGGUGCUGGCAUUGCCAGGCGGACAAGACGCCACAGUGGCGGGCGGGGCCCAUGGGGCCGAAAACACUGUGCAACGCGUGUGGGGUACGGUACAAGUCGGGGCGGCUCCUGCCGGAGUAUCGCCCGGCGAACAGCCCGACCUUCUCGAGCAAUCUGCACUCCAAUUCGCAUCGGAAGGUGGUGGAGAUGAGGCGGCAGAAGCAGGCGGUCGUGGUGCCCGGUGACGGAAUUGAAGUGAAUGUGAGUUGUGGAUAUUUUGGGUAACAAUAGUAGUGAAGUAGUUUAGUUUACAUACAGUUUUCGCAGUUUUUUUUUUUUUUUUUUUGAUUUAUUUAAUUUGUUUUAGAAUAGUUUUAGAUUAGAGUUUAGCAUUUCAUGUUAGUCUCUAUGGAAUUUGAUUAGG